AGCAGACCGUCAAAGACCUGAAACUGGAACUGUUGGGUGAGAUAACGAUUCCCGAGUGUAUGACAUAUCUGGACAAUGGAGUGGUGUAUGUGGGCUCACGAAUGGGCGACUCUCAGCUCAUUAAACUCAAGUUAGAGCCCAACGAAUCGGGAAGUUUUGUCGACAUUCUCGAGACGUUUACCAAUUUGGGACCCAUUGUUGAUAUGAUUGUUGUGGACCUCGACAGACAAGGACAGGGACAGCUCAUCACCUGUUCCGGCGCUUUCAAAGAAGGGUCUUUGCGUAUAAUCCGCAAUGGGAUCGGUAUCCAAGAACAGGCGACUAUAGACCUGCCGGGCAUUAAAGGCGUUUGGCAGCUGAGGGUGAGCUCUGAGUUGGACAAUAUACUGGUGCUGUCAUUCGUGGGUCAAACCAAAGUACUUAUGCUUACCGGUGAGGAAGUGGAAGAGACAGAACUGCCCGGAUUUGAUAUAACACAACAGACACUCUUCUGCGGUAAUGUGAGGGAAGACCUGUUACUUCAGGUGACCGCCAAUAGUAUACGCCUCAUAUCGACCGAAACGAAGCAGUUGUGCAACGAGUGGACACCCGAACAGAACAUAUCUGUGGUGUCGAGCAAUAGCUCGCAGAUCGUAUGCGCGGCUCGUAAUCAACUUUAUUAUCUCGAAAUUCACGACCAAAUGAUUGAUUUGGUUAACAAAACUCAGACUGAAUUCGAGAUCGCGUGUCUCGACAUCAAUCCCAUUAACGGUACGAAGAGCUCGUUGUGUGCGGUCGGCCUCUGGACCGACAUCUCUGUCAGGUAUGGCUUUAUUGAUAAUAACGUCUUAAUCGAUGGACAGUUGACUAAUGAU